UUGGUGAGUCCACUUUUCGUAUACAUACCAGCCAGUCUGCAGUCCAUACUCUCAACCUCCUCUGUCUGACUCACACACGAAGCCAGUGUUUCUUCCUGCCCUAAAUCUUCCCUGGGCCCCACAGCCUGCUGGAAUUAUUCAAACCAGCCAAUCCUAGUCUGUUUACCCUGCUCUGCUUUCCCCACGGAAAUUCCGAGAAAGGCUGCAGCCCCUGGCCUUCCGCUCGCUCCUGCCUGCCUGCGGAGCAGCACGAGAGCCUCUGCAGUACCAGACCUUUUGUUUCGGGGAAACUUGAACAGAGUAUCUGCCAAGCCCGGGCUUCCGUGAUGGUCUACGAUGACACCAGUAAGAAAUGGGUACCAAUCAAGCCUGGCCAGCAGGGCUUCAGCCGGAUCAACAUCUACCACAACACUGCCAGCAACACCUUCAGAGUCGUCGGGGUCAAGCUUCAGGAUCAGCAGGUUGUGAUCAAUUAUUCAAUCGUGAAAGGGCUGAAGUACAAUCAGGCAACGCCAACCUUCCACCAGUGGCGAGAUGCCCGCCAGGUCUACGGUUUAAACUUUGCAAGUAAGGAAGAGGCGACCACGUUCUCAAACGCCAUGCUGUUUGCCCUGAACAUCAUGAAUUCCCAGGAAGGCGGCCCCUCCAGCCAGCGUCAGGUGCAGAAUGGCCCCUCUCCCGACGAGAUGGACAUCCAGAGAAGACAAGUGAUGGAGCAGCAGCAGCACCAACAGCGACAGGAGUCUCUCGAGAGAAGAACCUCAGCCACAGGACCCAGCCUCCCGCCGGGGCACCCCUCUUCUGCGGCCAGCGCCCCCCUCUUGUGCAGCGGCCCUCCACCCCCACCCCCACCCCCCGUCCCACCACCACCCACGGGGGCCACCCCCCCGCCCCCGCCCCCACUGCCGGCUGGAGGAGCCCAGGGCGCCAGCCACGAUGAGAGCUCCGUGUCCGGCCUGGCCGCCGCCCUGGCUGGGGCCAAGCUGAGACGAGUGCAGCGGCCAGAAGAUGCGUCUGGAGGCUCCAGUCCCAGCGGGCCCUCAAAGUCUGACGCCAACCGGGCCAGCAGUGGGGGUGGCGGAGGAGGCCUCAUGGAAGAGAUGAACAAGCUGCUGGCCAAAAGGAGAAAAGCAGCCUCCCAGACAGACAAGCCGGCUGACAAGAAGGAAGACGAAAGCCAAACAGAAGAGCCCAGCACCUCUCCAUCUCCAGGGACCCGAGCAGCCAGUCAGCAGCCCCUCAGCUCAUCAGAGGCCAGCCGGAAGCCCUGGGAGCGGAGCGGCUCAGCGGAGAAGCCCAUGUCCUCCUUGCUGUCCAGAACCCCAUCUGUGGCCAAGAGCCCCGAAGCUAAGAGCCCCCUGCAGUCACAGCCUCACUCUAGGAUGAAGCCAGCGGGGAGUGUCAACGACGUGGCCCUGGAUGCCUUAGAUUUGGACCGGAUGAAACAGGAGAUCCUCGAGGAGGUGGUCCGGGAGCUUCACAAAGUGAAGGAGGAGAUCAUCGAUGCCCACUCCGGCCUCCCAGUAUUCUGGUUGGGCAGACUGAGGCGGCCCAGACAGAUUAAGGAGCUUGUCCAAGUGUGAGCACGUGCUCGCGGUCUGCGCCUCGGUCUGACUCUCCUGGGCUCCCUCCCAGAUGAGUCGGAGGCGGGGAGGGGUGCAUUCACCAGUUCAGAGCAGCUUUGAACCAUCUGCUCUUUAUCUUAGUAUCCCGUGGACUUAGAUCACUGUUUUUAUUCUGCUGCUUCUGAUCCCCGGGUUUGGGGCUACAAGGGCAACUGCUGCCUUCCCAGAGGCUAGAGGGCCCCAGAAGCCACAGAACUACCUAAGGGCCUGACCGAGUCCACCGCCUGCUGGGCGCAGUGAAUCACAUCCAUUCGUCCACUCCCCACUGGAGCCUUUGAAACGGCUGGCUCAGAUCUGGGGCCAGAGGAAAAGGAAAGGUGUGGGCCAGGCUGGCUGAGCCCCAGAGCCGGGAGGCGCGGUCCGGGCGCCCCCCCUGCCCCACCCCAUCACGAGUUGGGGACUCUGGAGAGAGGAGAGCGGCUGGGAGCCAGCAGACCCGGACCCCUGCCCGGGGCUGGGUGAUCGGCCACACCCUGUCCUUGAUCCAGCGGCGAGCGCUCAACUUCCUGUGGGUCCAGUCCCCUACCAGGCUGGGAUGGGCAGAUAAGCAGUUAAUGAAUGAAGUGGGGAGACGGAGCGGGAGCCAAAAAGAGACACAGAGGCCAACUGUUAACCCCACUUUAU